GAGUGCGGGAUUCUGCCGCCUUUGGAUUCCUGGGUUUGCGGAGCUGGCAGCCCCAUUGUACCCCCUCACGAAGUCCAAUGCUCCCUUUCAAUGGAAAGAAGAGCAACAGCGGGCGUUUGACAACAUAAAAAAGGCCCUAUUGUCAGCCCCAGCCCUGAGCCUCCCUGAUAUGACCAAGCCUUUCACAUUAUACGUGGAUGAGAACAAGGGAGUGGCGAAGGGAGUGCUAACACAAAUGCUUGGACCCUGGAAAAAGCCGGUGGCAUACUUUUCAAAAAAACUAGACAAUGUAGCGGCCGGCUGGCCUCCGUGCCUCCGCAUGAUAGCGGCCGUGGCAGUUCUGGUGAAAGACUCGGACAAAUUGACUCUAGGCCAACCUCUCACCGUAGUGGCACCUCAUGCUGUGGAGACAGUUAUCCGACAGCCACCAGAUCGGUGGCUCUCAAAUGCUCGGAUAACUCAUUACCAGACUAUGUUAUUAAACUCAGAGCGGGUCCGGUUUGGGACUGCCACCUCUUUAAACCCGGCCACCCUGCUCCCGGAACUGGGGCCCCAGGCCCAGGUAAUCCAUAACUGUCACCAAAUCCUGGCUGAGGCCCACGGCACCCGAAAAGACCUAACCGACCAGCCUCUGCCGGAUGCCGAAAUGACCUGGUUCACGGAUGGGAGCAGCUUUCUACAGAACGACACCUUCUCCGGAUGGACUGAGGCAUUCCCCACAAAACGGGAAACCGCCCGGGUGGUCGUCAAGAAGAUCAUAGAGGAGAUCUUCCCCCGGUUCGGCUUGCCUAAGGCCCGGUUGAGAGCGCUCCAGAUCAUCCAGAACCAGGUCUGGAAACCUCUUGCAGCAGCCUACCAACCCGAGACGACAACCAUCCCACAUCCUUUCCAAAUCGGUGAUGCUGUGUAUGUCCGAAGGCACCAAUCUAAGACUCUAGAGCCCCGGUGGAAAGGCCCCUUCACUGUGCUGUUGACAACUCCCACCGCUCUCAAGGUCGACGGAAUCGCUGCUUGGGUCCACGCCUCACACGUGAAGCGAGCACCACCUCCCCAGGGCCCCGAGGAUCCGGAUAGACCAGCCAAAUGGAAGCUCCAGCGCACUCAGAACCCACUCAAGCUAAGACUU